GUUGUGAGUCACUGAAGUGUUGGGAAUAGCCUCCUCAGCACUAUGUCCUGACCGCCCAUCGCACUUCACAUCCAGAGUCGCGAGUCUGCUAAUCUAACCUGAACCCAAGAGUCACACAGUUGUUUUUGGCUGGGUGUUAAAAGAACCUCCUCAACCAUGCUUUCUGCAUGCUCCGUGUCUCUUCGGGCGGGCGCCCGCCGCGCCGUCCGACGCCUGCCAAGGGCUCGAGUAGCCGCCAUUCGCUCUCACCGACCCUUCUCCGUUUCCGCCUCGCGAGCCAACGACCUCAGCACUCGGGGCAUGAUUGUCCAGACCCUCAGCACCGUCGGCUCCAAGCGCGAAGUCCAGCAGUACCUGUCUCUGUUCACCUCGGUCUCCCAACAACGAUUCGCCGUGAUCAAGGUCGGGGGUGCCAUCCUGACCGACUAUCUCGACGAGCUGUGUUCUAGUCUGGCAUUUCUCUACACCGUCGGCCUCUACCCCGUCAUUGUACACGGCGCCGGUCCGCAGCUGAACAACCUGCUGGAGCAGGCCGGCGUGGAGCCCCAGUUUGAAGAGGGGAUCAGGAUCACGGAUGCGAAGACCCUCCAGGUGGCGCGGAACCUCUUCCUCCAGGAGAACCUCAAAUUGGUCAACAAGCUCGAAGAGAAGGGAGUCCAUGCUCAGCCCUUGACCCUGGGCAUGUUCACGGCAGACUAUCUCAACAAAGACAAGUGGGGCUACGUUGGCAAGAUCACCGGCGUCAACAAGGAGUCGAUCGAGGCGGCCAUUGGCAAUGGGUACCUUCCGAUCCUUACGUCGAUGGCUAUGACUGAGGACGGCCAGAUCCUCAACGUCAAUGCCGACGUUGCAGCUGCCGAGUUGGCGCGCGCUCUGGAGCCGCUAAAGGUUGUCUACCUCUCCGAAAAGGGUGGCUUGUUCGAUGCCGCGGGCCAGAAGAUCUCUGCCAUCAAUCUAGACGAGGAGUACGAUCAUUUGAUGUCACAGGAGUGGGUCAGGUACGGCACUCGUCUGAAGAUCAGGGAAAUCAAGGAACUGCUGGACACCCUUCCACGCACCACCAGUGUCGCCAUCAUCCACCCGCAGGAUCUGCAAAAGGAGCUGUUUACUGAUUCGGGUGCCGGUACUCUGAUUCGGCGAGGUAGCAAACUGGUUUCGUCGAGCAGCGUGUCUGACUUCAAGGACACAGAGAAGCUGAAGGCCGUCCUCGUUCGCGACCGGGAGGGUCCAGAUGCCAAGGUUACUGUCGAUCAGUACGUAGAGUUCUUGAAGGAGAACCCAUUCAAGGCAUACUACGACGACCCAAUGAACGCCCUAGCUAUCGUCCUUCCGCCGAGCGAAACCCGGUCCCAGGCUACCCUUGCCACCCUGACCAUCACCAAGUCGGGCUGGUUGACGAACGUCGCCGACAAUAUCUUCACCACGCUGAGGAAGGAGCACCCUAAGCUCGUCUGGACCGUGAAGGAGGAUGACGAGAAUCUGACCUGGUUCUACGACAAGGCAGAUGGCAGCAUUGCCAGGAAUGGCGAUGUUAUGUUUUGGUACGGGAUCGACGGUGGUGACGAGAUCAUCCAGUUGAUGAAAGAGUUCACCAUGCACGGUCGGGCCAUGCUGGGAGACUCGAAUCUCGAGUCCCGUCUGCAUCGCGCUGCCAGCAUUGCUUCACAGGCAGCCCGCCCUGCCCCAGCGCAACAAGCCCGCGGCUACUCCACGCUGGCACGGCGCCCGGUCUUGCCCACGUGGUCCCUCUCGCAAACCACAAGGGGAUACGCGACUACGACCAACCCAAACCCUCCAUACGGGCGGAAAAACGUCUCGAAGACCCAGCCUGCCAGGGUCGCGCUCAUUGGUGCCCGUGGAUAUACCGGACAGGCCCUAAUUUCGCUUCUUAAUUCCCAUCCCAACAUGGACCUCCUCCACGUCUCGUCUCGGGAGCUUGCUGGCCAGAAGCUGGUGGGUUACGACAAGCAGGACAUCACCUACGAGAACCUCAGCCCCGAGGAUGUUCGAGAUAUGGAGAAACGGGGGGAAAUCGACUGUUGGGUUAUGGCACUGCCGAAUGGCGUUUGCAAGCCCUACGUUGACGCCAUCUACGAAGCCCGGAAGUCGUCCGAGCACAGGAGUCUGAUCGUGGAUCUGUCGGCCGACUAUCGGUUCGACAAAUCUUGGACGUACGGUCUCCCGGAGCUGGUUCAGCGAUCCGACAUCGCAAAGGCGACUGAGAUCGCGAACCCCGGGUGCUAUGCAACGGCCGCACAGCUUGGCAUUGCGCCCCUUGUCGAAUACCUUGGAGGCCAGCCGACCGUCUUCGGCGUAUCGGGCUACUCUGGCGCCGGCACCAAGCCGAGCUCCAAGAACGAUGUCGAGCUCCUCACCAACAACCUUAUCCCAUACAGCUUGACGGAUCAUAUCCACGAGCGCGAGAUCAGCAGCCAGCUCGGUGCCGAGGUAGCAUUUAUUCCCCACGUCGCCGUCUGGUUCCAGGGCAUCCACCACAGCAUCUCCAUCCCGCUGAACAAGACCAUGACCUCCCGCGACAUCCGCCAGAUCUACCAGGACCGGUACGCCGGCGAGAAGCUCGUCAAGGUCGUCGGUGAAGCCCCACUCGUUAAGGCAAUCAGCGGAAAGCACGGUGUGGAGAUUGGCGGCUUUGCGGUGCACAGCUCGGGGAAGAGGGUCGUUGUUUGCGCAACCAUCGACAACCUGCUCAAGGGUGCCGCGACACAGUGUCUGCAAAACAUGAAUCUCGCUCUGGGUUAUGCGGAGUACGAGGGUAUCCCAGUCAUGUGAUAGACUAGAGUUUUGGGGAGAUGUGUCGCACAAUGCUCAUUGCACGCGUCGUUACCGUUUUGCUUACCUUGUUCCUUUUUUUUCUCCUUUCACCCUUACUAAGGCUUCAGCGCGUCCACUUGGCUGCGGGUCAUGGAGUUUACUGGACUCGAAUGGGUCUGACCGGCUAUCUUUGAGUCAAGUUGUAUCCAAAUGGUAGCUGGUUGUAUAUAAGAGAGCUACCUAUCGCAGCAAAUCAAAGCAUUAGAAUUUCAGGGUUUAAAGACUUGAGGAAGACGGCUGGACGGAUAGGUAAUUGAGGCAGUGGAAGAGUGGGGCCGGUUGCGGCGUGAAUACUUACGUAAUCCAAAAAUCAUUUAUGGACAUCAACUCCAUGA